AUGGCUUCAACCGGGCCUGGUUCCAAGGUGGCUAUUGUGGGGUCCGGCCUGACCGGCCUCCUCGCUGCUCACGGCUUGAAGAAGAAUGGCUUUGACGUCGCUAUCUUUGAUAGCGAGACGCAUAUUGACGCCCGCACCCGCGACUGGACCAUUGUCCUGCACUGGGCGUUGCCCGUCAUGCAGGCUCUGCUUCCUGACGAUGUUGCCGCGAAACUACCGCGCGCCAUUUGUAACCCCAACCUAGAGUUUGACGCCAAUGCCGAAAGCUUUCCUGUGUACAACGGCGUGACUGGUGGUCUGAUGUUUGCCAGCCCCAUGCCCGGGUCGCGCCGCAUUUCGCGCCAACGCCUACGCAGUGUCUUAGCCGAGGGGCUCGAUAUCCAAUGGGACAAGAAACUCCAGAACAUCGCCAGAAACAGCAAUGAAAGCAAAAACUCUCCCGCGGCCCUGACGCUUGCUUUUGAAGACGGCUCUACCUUCGCCGCGGACUUUGUUCUGGGAGCAGAUGGUGCACACUCCCGCGUACGCGAGAUCGUCGUCGACGAUGCCGAAAAGGCCCGCAGCACGCUGUCUGGUCUGCUAUUUGCCACGGCCAUCGUCAACUACGGCGAUGCCGCCAAAGUCAAGACUGUCACCGACGCGCACCCAGUUGCCGCUGCCGCGAUGGGAACCGACGCCGUUGGCGGGUGUGGUGUGCUGUACGUUAACGAUGGCUCCGACGGCGCCGCUGUGCGAGACCCCGCCGACUGGACCACCUUCUGGGUCAAAAUCUGGAAAGGCCACCUCGAUAAGGCCAUUCAUGGCCAGGAGGCCAUCGAUCUGCUAAAAAAUAGCGAAAGCUCCAAGAAGCUAGCGGCGCCUUUCAACCAGCAGAUUGAGUGGACACCGGAGGGCUCUGUAUGCUACAUUGAUGAGAUGAAAUACUGGGUCCCCGUCCCAUUUUCCGGUACUGAGGCAACCCAGGACGCCCGCGUGACGCUGGCCGGUGACGCCGUUCAUCCGAUGCUGAUCUACCGCGGCCAAGGCUUCCAGCACGCCAUCACCGACGUUGACAACUACAUCAAAGCUCUGGUGGCUACGCGAGACGCAAACUGGGACGCAGGAAUGCGGCGGCGCGAGAUUGGCGCCUACAACGCCGAAGCCAUUGAACGCGGUGCCAAGGCCGUCAACCAGUCUGUCCAGGAGGCCGCUCUGUCUUUCGACGUUGAGAAGGUGAGCAAAAUGCUCAUGGCGCGACAGGGACAUGGCCGGUCAGCAUAA